AUGGCGAGACUUCUCCUUUGCUCAAGAAAGAGAACCCUUCGUGUCCUGAAGACGCUCCUGCCCAUUUUGGAAUGGCUCCCCAAGUACCGAGUCAAGGAAUGGCUGCUCAGUGACCUCAUUUCCGGAGUCAGCACCGGGCUAGUGGCUACAUUGCAAGGCAUGGCAUACGCGCUCCUAGCUGCAGUUCCUGUUGGAUAUGGUCUCUACUCUGCUUUUUUCCCCAUCCUGACGUAUUUUAUCUUCGGAACAUCACGGCACAUCUCAGUUGGACCGUUCCCAGUGGUCAGUCUGAUGGUGGGAUCUGUCGUUCUGCAGAUGGCUCCCGAUGAGCACUUCAUCAGUAACGAGACGACGUUCAACGCCACCAUAAUCGACACUGCAGCUAGAGAUCAGGAGAGGGUAUUGCUUGCCAGCACCCUGACUCUUUUGGUUGGAAUUAUACAGUUGAUAUUUGGAGGUUUGCAGAUCGGGUUCAUUGUACGGUACUUAGCAGACCCUUUGAUUGGCGGCUUCACAACGGCGGCCGCCUUCCAAGUGCUGGUCUCACAGCUGAAGAUCGUGCUCAACGUUCCCACCAAAAACUACAAUGGAAUUCUCUCCAUCAUCUACACCCUGAUAGAGAUUUUUCAAAAUAUUGGUAGCACCAACAUUGCUGAUUGCAUUGCUGGAUUACUCACCAUUAUCACCUGCAUGAUAGUUAAGGAAUUAAAUGAUCGAUUUAAACACAAAAUCCCCAUCCCUAUUCCUGUAGAAGUAAUUGUGACGGUAAUUGCUACUGCCAUUUCAUAUGGAGCCAACCUGGAAAAAAAUUACAAUGCUGGCAUUGUUAAAUCCAUCCCAAGGGGGUUUUUGCCUCCUGUACUUCCACGUGUGCACGUGUUUACUGAGAUGUUGACGGCGUCUUUCUCCAUUGCUGUGGUCGCUUAUGCUAUCGCAGUGUCUGUCGGAAAGGUAUAUGCCAUCAAGUACGAUUACGCCAUCGAUGGAAACCAGGAAUUUGUUGCUUUUGGGAUCAGCAACAUCUUCUCGGGAUUCUUCUCGUGUUUCGUGGCCACCACUGCGCUGUCACGCACUGCGGUCCAGGAGAGCACCGGGGGGAAGACACAGAUCGCCGGCAUCCUCUCGGCCUUGAUUGUGCUCAUCUCCAUUGUUGCCCUGGGGAAGCUGCUGGAACCCCUGCAGAAGUCGGUCUUGGCAGGUGUUGUGAUCGCCAACCUGAAAGGGAUGUUUAUGCAAGUGUGUGAUGUUCCUCGUCUGUGGAGGCAGAAUAAAAUCGAUGCUGUGAUCUGGGUGUUCACCUGCCUGGCGUCCAUCAUCCUGGGGCUGGAUCUCGGUUUACUAGCCGGCCUUAUGUUUGCGCUAUUGACGGUCGUCCUGAGAGUUCAGUUUCCCGCCUGGAGUAGCGUCGGAAGCCUUCCUCACACAGACAUCUACAAAAGUACCAAGAUGUACAAAAAUACCGAAGAAACUGAAGGGGUGAAGAUUCUGAGGUUUUCUAGCCCAAUUUUUUAUGGCAACAUUGAUGGCUUGAAAAAAUCUGUGAAAAACACAGUUGGAUUUGAUGCUGUUCGAGUAUAUAACAAGAGGCUCAAAGCACUGAAGAAAAUACAGAAACUCAUCAAAAAGGGUCAAUUAAGAGCAACAAAGAACGGCAUCAUAAGUGACGCCGGCACAUCCAACAGUGCUUUUGAACCUGAUGAAGAUAUUGAAGAUCCAGAGGAAUUUGAUAUCCCAACCAAGGAAAUCGAGGUUCAAGUGGAUUGGAACUCUGAUCUUCCGGUCAAAGUUAAUGUUCCCAAAGUGCCGAUCCACAGCCUUGUGCUUGAUUGUGGGGCUGUGUCUUUCGUGGAUAUUGUUGGUGUGAGAUCAUUGAAGAUGAUUGUCAAAGAAUUCCAGAGAAUCGAUGUGAACGUGUACUUCUCAUCGCUUCCAGACCACGUGAUACAAAAGCUGGAGCAGUGUGGGUUCUUUGAUGACAACAUUAGAAAGGACAUUUUCUUCUUGACAGCCCACGAUGCUGUACUCUAUCUACGGAACCAGGUCAAGUCCCGAGAAGUUCAGGAUUCCAUUUUAGAAACGGUGAUAAUAGGAAUAAAAGUAGGAUCCUACAAAGGAGCUGGAAAAGAUCCCCCACUAGAAGAGAAAUAG